AUGUCGUCGAUGCGAGGUUUGGUCCAGUUCAUUGCGGACUUGCGCAAUGCGCGGGCGCGGGAACUGGAGGAGAAGCGUGUUAAUAAAGAGCUGGCCAACAUUCGCCAGAAGUUUAAGUCCGGCAACCUGAACGGUUACCAGAAGAAGAAGUACGUGUGCAAGCUGCUCUAUGUUUAUAUCCAGGGCUACGACGUCGACUUUGGACACUUGGAGGCUGUCAAUCUCAUCUCCUCGAAUAAAUACUCCGAGAAGCAGAUAGGCUACCUGGCUGUCACACUAUUUCUGCACGAAGAGCACGAACUUCUCCACCUGGUUGUGAACAGUAUUCGGAAGGAUUUGCUGGAUAACAACGAGUUGUUUAAUUGUCUGGCGCUGCACGCAGUGGCCAAUGUGGGUGGCCGAGAGCUUGGAGAGGCCCUGGCAUCCGAAGUGCACCGUCUUUUGAUCUCACCGACCUCAAAAGCUUUCGUCAAGAAAAAGGCCGCUCUCACCCUGCUUCGUCUGUACCGCAAAUACCCGGGCAUUGUUCGGAAUGAAUGGGCCGAGAGAAUCAUUUCCAUUAUGGAUGACCCCGACAUGGGUGUCACACUCUCAGUAACCUCACUUGUCAUGGCACUUGCCCAAGAUAUGCCGAACGAGUAUAGGGGCAGUUAUGUCAAGGCCGCACAGCGGCUGAAGCGGAUCGUGGUCGACAACGAUAUCGCCCCAGACUAUCUUUACUAUCGUGUGCCGUGCCCAUGGAUCCAAGUCAAAUUUCUGCGGCUUGCUCCCAUUCUUACUCCCAUUCUAGAGGAUAGCCACGUUCGUCAGAUCAUCCGAGAGUCCCUGGCCCAAAUUAUGCAAGCUGCAAUGGAGACGCCUAAGAACGUUCAGCAGAAUAAUGCUCAAAACGCCAUUCUCUUCGAAGCCAUCAACCUCCUUAUCCACCUUGACUCUGAGCACUCUCUCAUGAUGCAGAUUUCUGCCCGCCUGGGUAAGUAUAUCCAGUCACGCGAAACAAACGUUCGCUAUCUGGGCCUGGAUGCAUUGACCCAUUUCGCUGCCCGGGCGGAAACUCUCGACCCUAUCAAAAAACACCAGAACAUUAUUUUGGGCUCUCUCCGAGACCGAGAUAUCAGCGUCCGCCGGAAGGGAUUGGACCUUUUGUACAGCAUGUGUGAUACUACCAACGCCGGCCCAAUUGUCAACGAACUCCUCCGCUACCUCCAGACAGCUGACUAUGCCAUUCGGGAGGAAAUGGUACUGAAGGUUGCUAUCUUGACCGAAAAAUAUGCUACCGAUGCCCAGUGGUAUAUCGAUAUGACCCUCAAGCUCCUGUCUCUCGCGGGUGAUCAUGUCAAUGAUGAAGUGUGGCAACGAGUUAUUCAGAUUGUGACAAACAAUGAAGAAUUACAGGCUUAUGCAGCCCACACGCUUCUCGGCUAUCUCAAGACUGAUUGCCACGAGAGUUUGGUGAAGAUUGGCUGUUAUGUACUGGGUGAAUACGGUCAUCUGAUUGCUGAUAACCCCGGUUCAAGUCCGAUUGAACAGUUCUUGGCCUUACAAGCCAAGAUGUUCAGCGGAACAGACAACGCGAGAGCCAUGAUUCUGUCAUCCUUUGUCAAGUUUGUCAAUCUAUUCCCUGAGAUCAAGCCUCAGCUGUUGCAGAUCUUCCGCCUGUACAGCCACUCUCCCGAUUCUGAGCUGCAGCAACGAGCCUUUGAAUACCUUUCCCUGGCAACUCUCCCUACUGACGAUCUUCUCCGGACUGUCUGCGAUGAGAUGCCGCCAUUCUCAGAGCGCGCUUCUAUUCUUUUGUCCCGACUGCACCAGAAGACCGCCGGCACUAGCGAGAGGAAGACAUGGGUUGUUGGCGGCAAAGCUGCAAAUGCUGACAAACAAGAGGUUCUCAUGGCCCAAAACACCGGUCUCAAGCGUACAUUCACCACGAUCGUUCAUGGCAACCGUACUGGAUCGAAUGGAACGCCUGCCAGUGCUACCAGUGCCUCCGGUGACUUGGCUGGUCUGGAUUUCAGUGGACCACCAGCACCUGCCCCAAACCUUGCCAGCGCAGCACACUUGACACCCGAGUGGGAUAUUGGCUACAAUCGACUCUACUUUGCUCAUGAAGGCGUACUUUUCGAAGACGCGCAAAUCCAGGUUGGAAUGCGUUCGGAAUAUCGUGGCCACAUGGGUGUUGUCAAGCUCUACAUCUCCAAUAAGUCGACCUACGCCAUCAACUCCUUGACUACUACCGUCGAUAACCCCGCUUCUCCAAACCUGAAGAUCGAUACCAAGAAUCUUCCCGAUUCAAGUGUUAGCCCCGCCUCCCAGACUCAACAGACCCUGUUCUGUGCCGCACAUGGCCCCUUCUCCGAUGCCCCCACUAUUCGUAUUUCCUAUCUGGCUGGUGCUCUUCAAGCCUACACUCUCCAGCUUCCGGUCCUGAUGCACCGGUACAUGGAGCCAUCCUCGCUGUCUGCCGAGGACUUCUUCAAGCGCUGGCGCCAGAUUGGCGGUCCUCCACUGGAGGCCCAGAAGACCUUUGGGUUGAGUGGGAAGAACAAGGUCAUUAAUGAGGCAUACACCCGCAAGACCGUCGAACGGUUUGGGUGGAAGAUCCUGGAUGGCGUGGAUCCGAACUCGAAGAAUAUGGUUGGAUGCGGCGUGUUCCAGUUUGAGAAGGGCAAGACAGGCUGUCUGUUGCGGCUGGAGCCCAACUAUGAGAAGUCGAUGUACCGCGUUACUAUUCGUGCUACACAGGAUGGUGUGCCGCAGGGAUUGGCCCAGCAAAUGGAACAGAAGCUGGGCCAGGGAACCACGGCAGGUGGACUCGAGUAA